AUGCGGCGGGUGAGGAGCGGCGCGGCCGCCAAGCCACGCGGGCAGAAGGGGCCCGGAGCUUCCGUGGCCCCCGCGGCCGCCCCCUCGGCCCCCAGCGCCAGCCGCGCCCGGCGCUCCACCGGUCAGGCCGGGGGCGACAGCCCGGCGGCGGCGAGGCAGCCGUCGGCGAAGCGGCGGCCGAGGCAGUCGUCGCCGCGGGCCCGGGAGGUGGGCCCGGGGCAGCCGCCGCCGGAGCUGCCGCUGCUCCCGCCGCCGUCGCCGCCGCGGCCGCCGCCGACCCCCGCCACCCCGGCUGCCACUCUGCCCGACCUGGGCGACCAGCGGGAGCGCUGGGAGACGUUCCAGAAGCGACAGAGGCUCACCUUCGAGGGCGCCGCCAAGCUGCUGCUGGACACCUUUGAAUACCAGGGCCUGGUGAAGCACACGGGAGGUUGCCACUGUGGAGCAGUUCGCUUCGAAGUUUGGGCCUCAGCCGACUUGCACAUCUUCGACUGCAACUGCAGCAUCUGCAAGAAGAAGCAGAAUAGACACUUCAUUGUCCCGGCUUCUCGCUUCAAGCUCCUGAAGGGAGCUGAUUUUUUUUCCACUUUUUUUUUUAACACGCACAAAGCUCAGCACACCUUUUUUUUGAGGUUUUUUUUUUAGAGCUUCUAUACUCCGCGCUCCAUUUUUUUUGGUUUUGGAAUUUUUUUUUUUUGCCUGGAUGAAGGCACAGUGCGUUUUUUUUUCAUUUUUUUUUUUAAUGGGACCGAUUGGGAAAAGGCCUUUUUUUUGCACUUUUUUUUUUAG